UCAAUCAUUCACAUUACUAAAAUAAGGACUUAAAUAAGGACUUUCAAGAGGUUAUAUAGCUACCAAAAAACGUGGGUUAUGUAGCAAGUUCUUCUCUAGAGGUGAAGAGCUUCUCACUACCCACUUAUCCAUUCUCUCUCCUCUUUACGCUACCCAAUUAUUCAACCCUAUAAGUCUAUAACUGCACGCAAUCAAGUGUUUUGAACCAAUAAUUUCUGGGUUUGUUGUUGAAUUUUAUUGGGUAUUGUUUGAAUUUUAUUGGGUAUUGUUUAAAUUUGAUGGUGGGUUUUUGAGAAGACCCAAUUUUGAAGAAGUAUAAAGAAAGAGGAGAUAGAAAAUUAGAUGGGAUUUGGGGAAGAAAAUAUGUUUGGGGGUGGUGAUAAUUAUGAUGGAUUGAGAAGUUUUGUAAGGAGAAAACGUGUGGAUUCAGAAAAUAGCAACCACAAUUCUUCUUCAACUGGUGGGCACCAAUUAGCUAAAGCUUUGACUGUUCCUGAUCUUGUUGCUAUUGGUGUUGGUUCAACUAUUGGAGCUGGCGUUUAUAUACUUAUUGGCACAGUAGCAAGAGAGCACUCUGGACCAUCACUUGCUAUUUCUUUCCUUAUAGCUGGUAUAGCAGCUGGCAUUUCGGCCUUUUGUUAUGCAGAGCUUGCUAGUCGAUGUCCUUCUGCUGGAAGUGCUUAUCAUUACUCCUACAUAUGUGUUGGGGAAAGUGUUGCUUGGUUAAUUGGUUGGGCUUUGAUUCUGGAAUAUACUGUCGGUGGUUCUGCUGUUGCUCGUGGUAUCUCGCCAAAUCUGGCAUUGCUCUUUGGUGGUGAGAACAGUCUGCCUUCCUUUCUGGCCCGCCAAUAUAUUCCUUUUAUUGACAUCACAGUUGACCCGUGUGCCGCUGUACUUGUAUUAGUCGUCACUGCACUUCUAUGUGUUGGAAUCAAGGAGAGUACUUUUGCACAAGGCAUUGUCACGUCAGGAAAUGUAUGUGCUAUGAUGUUUGUUAUAAUUGCUGGUGGGUAUCUUGGAUUCCAGAAUGGAUGGCCUGGAUAUGAUCUAUCUACAGGAUUCUUUCCAUUUGGGGUCGAUGGAAUGCUUGCUGGCUCUGCAACUGUCUUCUUUGCAUACAUUGGCUUUGAUUCAGUGGCAAGCACUGCUGAGGAGGUGAAACAUCCGCAAAGGGAUUUGCCAAUAGGAAUAGCUGCUGCACUAUCUAUAUGCUGUGCAUUAUACAUGCUGGUUUCUAUUGUUGUCAUUGGUCUGGUACCCUAUUAUGCUAUGGAUCCCGAUACGCCUAUAUCUUCUGCAUUUUCAAAUCAUGGGUUGCAAUGGGCAGCAUAUAUCAUUACUGUCGGAGCAGUUACAGCUCUCUGUUCAACAUUGAUGGGUUCACUUCUGCCCCAGCCACGAAUUCUCAUGGCAAUGUCUAGAGAUGGUUUGCUGCCAUCCUUUUUCUCAGAUGUCAGCAAAAAAACUCAGGUCCCUGUGAAGAGCACUAUAACUACUGGAAUUGUUUCUGCACUGCUUUCGUUCUCUAUGGAUGUUUCACAAUUGGCAGGGAUGGUCAGUGUCGGUACACUACUGGCAUUCACUAUGGUGGCUAUCUCACUUCUAAUAAUAAGAUAUGUGCCACCAGAUGUGGUGCCACUUCCGUCAUCACUUCAGGAUUCUAUAGAUGCUGUUACAUUGCGAUACAAUGACUUUACAAAGGAUUUUGGCACUUCUGAGGAUAUUGCCAAACCACUACUUGGUGGAGUCACCGUGGAAGCCAGUUUUCCUUUGCUUUUAAAGCAAGUAGCUGAUGGCAGUUAUACUCUAAGUGAUGCCAAUAGAAGAAAAGUUGCGGGUUGGACUAUCAUGCUUACUUGUGUCGGAGUGCUGCUCCUCACAUCUUCUGCUUCUUAUGUAGGUCUUCCCAGUGUGUUUCGAUACACGUUGUGCGGAGUGGGUGGUGGUCUUCUUCUAUCUGGUCUGACAGUGCUCACUUGCAUUGAUCAAGAUGAUGCCAGACACAGCUUUGGCCACACUGGAGGUUUUAUCUGCCCAUUGGUUCCUCUACUGCCAAUUGCCUGCAUUUUGAUCAAUGUCUACUUGCUGAUAAACUUGGGAGUUGAUACUUGGAUGCGAGUCUCAGUGUGGCUUCUAAUUGGGGUGCUUGUUUACUUAGUGUAUGGAAGAAGACACAGCUCCCUAAAGAAUGUAGUGUACGUACCAACAGCUCAUGUCGAUGAGAUAUGCAGUAGCUCACAGGAUAUUUUGGCGUAGCCUUCUACAGCCAGUAGGCUUCUUGUUGUGCUUUAAAUGUUUUAGAUGUACACUAGUUUGCAUGUGUUACAGGGGGCAGUUUAUUGUACCCGCUGCUGGCUGUAUAUUGUGUAUACGUGUAUCAAGUUGUUACAAAGGUUUACCGUUUACAAAAAUGUAAAUAUGUACUCUUAUGCAAACUCAUCCUAUUGAUGCCUAAGGCAAGUGUUAAAACUGUAGUAUACAAUGAUUGACAAUGCAGCAAACACCUGAUUGUGAAGGAUUGAAGACAGACAAUGUAUAUGCAACUUAUUUAACAUGUUCA